UCGUCGGAAGGAAAAGAAAAAGAAAAUUAUGCAGAGAGAAAACUCUCCCUACUGCUGGGCACCAGUCCCACCACCACACCCACCACCAUCAACACCACCACCGCCACCAUCAUCACUACCACCACCAGUACCACCAACCCAAUCUCACUAUACCUUUUCUGCUGAACGUUUCCCAGCACCAUGGACUGGAAACAUCUCUCAUUCAAAACCUAAUCAGAGCAAUGGAAUGAUGAGUCCAACAGAUCCAUGUUUGCAGAUGCGGCCACCAAGUGGAGCUCUUCCACACUUCGAACAGGGAUGGGCACCACCACUGGCUCAAGUAAAUAACCAUUCUCUAGCUAUUAGACCACCAUCCCAGGUUCCAGUAAAUCAGGGGUGGGCACCACCAUCGGCUCCAGUAAAUAACCAUUCUAUAGCUAUGAGAUCACCAUCCCCGGCUCAAGUAAAUAACCAUUCUCUAGCUGUGAGACCACUACCCCCGGCUCAAGGUGCCUGGCCUUCCUUUCCUCCUGCUCAGAUGAUGAAUCAUGGGAUUGUAAACAAUAAUUCCCGUCCUUUAGAUCUCGGCAUGUUUCCUCCUUGGCAGCUCACUGUUACUCUUCCUGGUGGGGAGAAUCGUCAUAUCGAUAUCCCUUACUCAGAGGGUACACAUGUUAUUGGUCUCCCCCUUGGUUUGGAUGUUCCUGAAGUGAUUGCGAGCAACUAUAAAGCUUUACUAUGUAUGGUAAGCGGAAUGACCUGCAUCAUAACCAAUCAGUUUUCGGACUUAGAUCGAUACCAGAAGAAUACUGCUAGUUAUUGGGAGGAUAUUGUGAAUCGCUACCGCCUUGAAAUUCAGGAGUUGAAGUCCACCAUGGGUGGUGAUAUGACGGUUCCUCAGGAAGUGAUGGCUUCAGUUUCUCCAUCGAAAAAGAGGAAAAUUAGUGCAGAGGAAUCUGUGCCUUGUGAAACAAAGACAGCUUGUAUUGAGAAACCUGAGCACCUGCCUCCACCAAUAUGCAAUGAAAAGCCUGUCACCCCUGUUCCCCUGGUCCAGGAAUCUGUUAUAGGAGAGGAUAUGGAUGAGACGGAUGACUUGCCCCUUCCUAGUGUGAAGCGUGCGCGGGGCGAAGGUUUUCCUACAGGUGCAGCACUAUCUUGUUCUGACGUGCAAACUGAGAAGGUUGAAUCCACUGCAGGGUUUGGGUCCGUUGGGGAACCUGUUGAAGCUACAAUAACCUCUACCACCGCCAAUUGCCCAACUGCUGACUCUGCAACAUUAGCUAGUUCAACUCCUAUAGAUAUCACUCCUCCCCAUAUUGAAUCCACUGCAGGGGUUAUGCUCGUCGAGGAACCUGUUGAUGCUACAAUGACUUCUACCUCUGCCAAUUGCCUGAAUAUCGACUCCACAGCAUUAACUAGUUCGACUGGUACAGAUAUUAGUACUCAUCCCGUUGUAGAGUCCACAAGUGUUUCUGGUCAAGUGGGAGAUGAAUGGUUUGCAUAUGUGGAGAACUUCAACAUCCCAAAAGAGUACGCAGUUUUGUAUAAGAAGAUCUACAAUAAGUAUGGGCAUAUUGCGACUAAGAAGGUCAUCAAGUCCAAUGAUGCUAUACUACUUGCAGCUGUUACUAGCUUGUUAAAGAUCGCCCGUACAAUGGAAACUGCACGGGGUGUGGAUUUGAGUGAAGCAUUGCUAGAAAGUUGGGAAGGAGACAUCAAAGAUGCUGAGACCUUGCAGUUUAAUGUUAAGUGGCUUCGUGAGACAUUUAAUAGAGUUAAAAUCUAUUGGAAGUUGGCUUUAAGGAUAGAUAAAGAAGUCGAAAGCCGUGAACUAGUAUUGGAUGCAACACAGGCGAAGUAUGUUGGUCUUUAUUCAAGAAAAGACGAACUCGAUUCUGAAAUUUCAGAGGUGAAGAUCAAUUUAAGAAAAUCUGAAGCAAAGAUUGCAGCCCAGAGAGAAGCUAUCCAAGAAAAGAUUGCGCAGAAGAACACAUUCUUGUAUGAACCUAUUCUGGGGAACUUGUUUAGUUGAUUAUACAUAUUCUGCUGGAUGGUUAACAAAAUGAUUGUAGAUGCCUCUGUAGUAUGUUGGUAAAAUCGUCAGGCAUCGGAAUUUGUUUGCCGAUACAGUAACUUAUUGUGAUUGUAAAUGCUAAAUAAUAUGAGUAAAC